AUAUUUUAAAUUGUGCGUUACAUCGACUGCACGUGUUAUGAGGCUGAACUUCAAGUUCAAAAAUCUUUUUGGAACAGCCUACAAGUGUGGAUCCAUUGUUUUUACGAACAAUGGUUUGGGUCUUUUGAGCCCAGUUGGCAACCAGAUAACAGUUUUUGAUCUUAAGAAAGAUGAAGUAGCAUCUGUUGAUAUUUCCUCGUUCCACGAUGUGCACCACUUGGCGUUGUCUCCUUCAAUACCUCUUCUAGUCGCUAUUAAUGAGGUUGGUGAUGCGUCUUUAUGCUCACUCUCCACAGGAGCCGUGAUAUCUGUGUAUCCUUUCAAGGGAGUAGUCUUGGCUGUUUCCUUCAGCCCAGAUGGAAAGUUCUUGGCUGUCGCAAAAGGUAAUAAUGUGAUGCUUUUCUUCGCACCCUCUCCAAACCGCCAGUUUAAUCAUUUGGAACUCUAUCGCGUGUUUUACGGCUUUACGGAUAACGUUACUUGUAUUGAUUGGUCGCGUGAUUCUAGGUUUUUCAUUGCUGGAUCAGUCGAUUCCACUAUCCGGUUAUUCUCUGUGUACAAUAUACCCAAAAUAUUCGUCUACACACUAGCUGGACACAAAAACCCUAUUAUGGGGGCAUUCAUACUUCAUAACUUUGUAAAUAUAUUAACAGUCAGCUCUGAUGGCGUAUUAUGUUUCUGGGAGGCAAACGUUUCUCUUGAUCAGCUGAAGAGCAUUGAUGACUCAAAACCUGUCUCAUUGUUUAGGAUCAGCAAUAGAUACCGUUAUACAAACUCUAACGAAGUGCAAAUCAACGAUCCCGUUAGCGCAGUGGCAUUUCAUAAAGAUUUAAAAAUGCUUGCAACUGGGUUUGAAUCAGGGUUACUUUUACUACAUACAUUUCCAGACUUCAUAAUAAUCAGUGAAGUAAAUCUAUUCACUAACAGUAUAAGCAGUCUAGCGAUUAACCGUAAUGGUGAUUGGAUUGGUGCAGGUUCAGAGCUAUUCGGACAAAUUGCUGUUUGGGAAUGGAGAUCGCAAUCCUGCUACCUACGCGCUGAUUCCCACUCUAAGGAAAUGACUAGUUUGGCGUACUCUCCUGAUGGUUUACAUUUGGUAACUGGGGGUUAUGAUAACAAAGUGAAAGUUUGGCGUAUAUCUGGUGGCAGGUGUGUUGUAACCUUUACUGAGCACACAGCUGGUGUUACUGGAGUUGCAUUCCCAGCUCAAAAUUCCAAAGUCGUUUUGUCAGCCAGUUUGGAUGGGACCGUUCGCGCUCAUGAUUUGAUUCGCUACAGGAAUUUCCGUACAUUCACUGUGCCUACUCGUCGCGUUCAGUUCUCGUCGUUGGCUGUUGAUACGCGUGGCUCUCUUGUUGCUGCUGGAGGUCUGGAUACUUUUGAAGCUUAUGUAUGGUCAGUUAAGACAGGUCAGCUGUUGACUACCUUAACGGGGCAUACUUCUCCCAUUAGUGCACUAGCAUUUAAUCCUACCAUUUCUGGUAUUGAUAUCGAAUUGGCUACUGUUAGUUGGGAUUGUACGCUUCGAUUAUGGGAUGUUACAGGCAAUUCGACUGAUGAAAAUAAUUUAUCUAGUAUGGGUCUUACAAAAGAGGUUGUUAAUUUUUCAUGUGAUGCUUUAUACGUUGUAUAUCGAGCUGAUGGUAAGCAGCUGGCUAUUUCCCUUUUAAACGGAAACAUAGUUUUCUAUGACCCUAACGAAGGGGUUGAAAUGGGAACCAUAGAUGGUCAUCGGGAUCUUGGGGUAGCACAGACUAGUGAGGAAGACUUAGUUACCCCACGUAGAGCAGCCGAAUCUAAGAAAUUCCAAACUAUAGCUUAUUCUGUCGACGGUGAACAUUUAAUAGCAGGUGGAGAUUCAAAAUACAUAUGUCUCUAUUCUGUUCCUGAUAAAUUAUUAAUUAAACGAUUUGAAGUCACAUGUAAUCUUUCACUAGCUGGAGUUCAAGAGAUACACGAUCGACGUAACUAUUUACAUCGUUUCAGUAUGGAAACAAUGAACGCCAAAGAAGCACAACGUCCUAGUUUGCGAAUCCCAUCAAGCAUUAAGGGUGAAGAUCGUAGUCGACGCCAAUGGAGACCUGAAGUGAGAGUUUCUGCAGUUGAAUUUUCACCUACAGGUGAUUCAUUCGCAACUGCCACUACAGAAGGUAUUCUUGUAUAUUCCUUACCAUCUGCUGGAACAGGAUAUGGCAUAAGUAGUAUUUUUGGUACUUCAAGCUGUAGUGAUAGUGGUUGGUUGUUUGAUACAUUAGGUAUUGAUGAACAAACCACUCCAUCAAACGCUCGUAGUGCACUCAUUCAAGGUAGACAUGCAGAGGCAUUGGACAUGGCUAUUCGGUUGCAAUCGCAUGAACUUGUUGAGGAAGUUAUUGAAUCAAUUCCCGUUGACCAAAUUGACUUUUUAGCCCGUCAACUCCCUAUCAAUCAAAUUGCACAUUAUCUCAUCUCUUUUCUUGCUCGUCAGUUGAGUGGCCGAUCACGUCAUGUUGAGUUAUAUGUACGCUGGACACACUCUAUACUCCGUUCUCAUGCGUUGAACUUGCGAAGAAUAGCUGCUAAUUCAGCUUUAUCUGAAUGUACGAAUUCUAAGGAGUCAAGAAAUCUUCCGAAUAACGAAUCAAUAGACAACAAAAAGGAACUUUGUAAUCCAGGUUUUUUAACUUUACAAGGUGAAUGGGCAACUUGCCAAGCAAACUUAGUUCGCUUACAGGCUAGUCUGAAUCAUGUUAAGUCUAGUGUAAUCAAACAUUGCGAAAAUGUGGACAAUUUGUGGAAUUAUUACGAAGGUUUAUUCAAAUUGUAUCACGAAAAGGAUGAUAAUAAUGUACAAAGUGAAAAUAUCAUGGACUAUAGUUCGAGCUAAUUAGUUUCAGAUUGUACUUAUUCACUCUUACGUUAUGUAAAGUGCGUGUAUUUAUAAUUAAUAUAACUCGAUUUAUUGACAAUAUAAUCACAUCUUUGUUCGUAGAUUAUCCAUUUAUCGUGAAUUGUAUCUUCAUAACAUACUCAUAAUCAAAAUGUUUGUAAAUACAAGUUCUUUCAG